ACAGCACGCAUGUGCCGUCAACCCGGAUGUAAAUCACUUGAGCCGAAAGUGUCAGGCGGCCGGGCCGAUCCGAUCCGAUCCGGGCCAGACCCGGGCCAGACCCGGCCAGACCCUGCUAACUCUGUCUUCACACAUUACCAAAGCAAACAAAGGCGACAGGCAGCGCAGGACAUCGCAGAUCACCGCGUCCAUGGCAUCAAUUGGCCCAUAAAACCGCCCAAGCAAGUGGGCGAACCGGGCGGAUUUUGGCGAGACAAACCCGGGAUAACCGGGAUGAAGCAGAGCAGGGCUCGGUGCAUCUGGUACUUGGAGAUUACUCUGAUGACAGCUCUCUCAGCCUAGUGAGAUGAGAUGGAUUUCCGAGGCAAAAAAUAUGAGCGAGGAAGUAACUGGUCAGAUCCUGAGGUGGUGGAGUUGCUGCAGCUUUGGGCUGAUGAAUCUGUUCAGAUGGAGUUGGAGAGCUGCCUGCGGAAUCAGCAUGUCUUCAACAGGAUAGCUGAAGUCUUGAGGGGAAAAGGUAUCCACAGAACUGGAGACCAGUGUAGGGAGAAGAUUAAAAAAAUGAAACUUGAAUACAGAAGAAUUAAGGAUAACAACAAAAUCUGUAGAGGUGGCAGAACCUGGAAGUUCUUUGAGGUGAUGGAUAGAGUGCUGUCCAACAGACCAAAUAUUUGUUAUAGUACUGUGGGUAACACGGUGAUAACACAGCAGAUACCACCAGGUAUUCUGGCAACAGGAGAUGGCUAUAUUCAUCAUCAUCACCACCAUCAUCUGACUUCUCCUCCACUUGGUAUUUCUCAUUCACAUCAUCCUCAGGAACUAAUGGAUAUAAAAUGUGAAGAAGUGGAUUCGGAUGAACACAGUGAGACUCCUGAACCACCGCCCUCUCUUGUACUCCAGCAGAGUGGAGAUGAUCACGGAAUGGAUGGGAGUCUUUUGGAAGGAGGUCAACAUGAUGUGUCAUCAGUUAUUAGGGUCGAUGUUCCAGCAGAGAAUACCAUUUCCCCAUCAGACUAUGUCAAUCAGAAUAUAGGUGGCACAUCUUCAGGAAUGCACACCUCAGGACCUGCAUUUUCCACCCUCCACAGACUUCGCCGGAAGAGGAAGCCACCCCGGGUGAAGGAUCCCUUAGAUGACAUUCUUCUUAAAUUUCUCACAGCGCAGAGGGUAGUGGAGGAACGUUUCCUGCAAAUGGAGGAGCGCAGAAUGCAACGGGACAUGGAACUAGAGGACAGGCGGAUGCAACUGGAACAGCGCCGGAUGGAGCUGGAACGGGAGCACGAGUACAGAAUGUUCACCAUCUUUGCUCAGAUGGUGAAUGCGCUUCGACACGGUGGCUCCGUGCAGAACUUGGGCUUGGACCUCAGCCGAGUCUUCUCACAGUCCUCUGACCAAGCUACUGAAACAGUUGGAAGCCCGAGCUCAGCCUCCACCUCCAAAGAUGGUAGCAGUAGAGUGCUCCAGCAUCAGAGCAAACCUUUACCAAAUGGAUUGAGAGAUGUUACAACUCAUGCAGAAUUGAAUCCAACAUUCCAGCACCUUCAGUCAAGUAUUUAUUUAUCGAAAAGAGGAAAUGAAAUUAAGAAUUUUUUUGGAAUAUUUCAGAAAGAUUCUCCUGCGCAUCACGCAGAUAAGUACGAUGAAGACAAAAACCCGAAUGGCAUUAUUAAUCUGGGAACCAGUGAAAACAAGCUGUGCUUUGAUCUUCUUUCCAAAAGGGUGAUGCAGACUGACGUAAUACAGAUGGACCUGCCACUCUUGGAGUGUCCAGACUGGAAUGGACAAGAGUUUCUCAGAGUGGAAGUUGGAAGGUUUUUGACGCAUCACUGUAAGGCAUCUGUAUACAUCAAGCCUGACAACAUAGUGGUGGUUAAUGGAUGUGGAUCUCUCUUUUCCUCAUUGUCUGCUGUGCUCUGUGAUCCUGGAGAUAGAAUUCUUCUACCCACACCAUACUAUGGUGUUAUCAAGGAUGAUAUUUUUCUCUACAGCAAAGUCAAACCAUUGCAUGUGCAUUUGGAGAGCAAAGUGACUGAUGGUGACACACGUCCAUUUCAACUUACAGUGGGAAAGCUGAAAAAAUCAAUGGAAGCUGCAAAGCUCCAGGGUAAGAAGGUCACAGCCAUGAUUCUAACAAACCCUCACAAUCCCCUGGGUGAUAUUUAUUCAGCAACAGAAAUGAAAGAAUUUCUUGAGUUUGCUAAAAGAUACAAAUUGCAUGUAAUUGUGGAUGAAGUGUACAUGCUUUCGGUAUUUGAUGACGUAAACUCAUUCCAAAGUAUCCUCAGCUUUAACAAGCUCCCUGAUCCACAGAGAACUCAUGUUAUGUGGGGAAUUAGAAAGGAUUUUACAGCCAGUGGACUUCACGUAGGUACUCUACACACCGAGAAUGCUGAUGUUAUUAGUGCCCUUGGCCAACUGUCACACUUCCAUGGUGUUCCAGCUGCCACACAACAUAUGGUAGCACAGUUACUGAGAGACCAAGAUUGGUUCAAUCGUGUUUUUUUACCAACAAAUCGAGCCAGAUUAAAAACUGCCCACAAGUGUAUGACGAAUGAAUUAAUAGCAAUGGACAUUCCUUUCUUGAACCCGCAGGCAGGCCAUCAUAUCUGGGCUGAUUUUAGAAAGUACUUAAGGAAUCCAACAUUUGAAGAAGAAACAAAACUAUGGAAGCAAUUUCUUAAAAAUAAAAUCCUUCUCAGCAGUGGGAAAUCAUUUGGGUGCUGUGAGCCUGGAUGGUUCAGCAUUGUGUUUGCUGACAAAACCAGUAGGCUACAACUAGGAAUGCACAGAAUUAGGAAGGUCCUGGAAGAGCAAGAUUCAGUAAUCCAAUCUCUUGAUAAAGAGCCAAAUUCUGAUUCUGAGAGUAGGACCAAAAUUGCCGAAGAAGUCAUAGAAAUUGGUGUCCAGCCAUCUCUACCAGAUCCUGCUCUUGAUGGUCUGAUUGGACUUCUCCGUGAGCAGAUUCGAACAACUGACUGGUUACAGAGAAACACAGCUGAACAGUUUGCUCAAGAGAAUCCCGAAGUCCAUGAAGUUUUCUGCAAGCUCGCAGAGAAAUAAACUGUCCUGUAAUUGACAAAAAUGUGUAAACUGAAUGAAUUAGUCAUUCAUUACAGGGACUCGUGGGCUGGAAACACAACACUGAAAUGGUACCGUAGAACACUGCUUGGACUUUUAACUUGUUAUUUUACUUGUUUAUAGCUUUACCUGUACACAAAGCCCCCUGCCCAUUCUAAGGACAUUUAGCGACGAUGCAUUGAGAAAUGUCACCUUCACAGGAUUGUCAGCACUUGAAGUUUCAUUAAAUGACUAAAUCGGGGCAGCAGUGAACAGCGCUAGAACAAGGACACCAUUAUACUCCUAUCCUUCUAUCACAACAUUAAAAAAAUAAUGUUAAAUACACUGCAUUACCCUCCUAAUAAUGAGGAAUUAUGAUUUCUUUAUAUUUCAAGCUGGUUGCUAAUAAACUAAAUCAACUUUUAUUGAAAAUGAAACAAUUUAUAGGUCACAUUGUGCGUUUUUUAAAUGUUGUUUAAAAUAUUGUUAACUGCUUUCCAUGCAGUAUUCUUCAUGACAACUAGGAAUCACGGUUGAUUUUUCAUUACUUGCUGUGAUAUUUUUGUGUACUUUAAGGGUGGAGGAAGGACUUGCUCAUGAAUGCAAGACAGAUGUUUUUAAAUCUCAGCAAAUGUAAAAUAAAACUUUCUGAUGUCCAA